UCACACUGGUGUUGACGCAGCGACGCGUUUUAGCCGGAAAUUUUGCGCGUUUUUCGUCGUGUUGUUCUUAAAAGAUACAAAAAUAUAAAAAAAAGUGGAGAAAAUUGUUAUCCGUGGCAACACGAAUCGUGAAAACGAGGGAGGUCCCUGAAUAAAGGCAGCAAUCGGGAGUUCUGAGCGCCCGAAAGCCCUAGCAGAUGUGCCAUUUUUAUAGCUGAAAUGCCGACAGGGCCCGAAUCAUCAGUUAUCGGCUAGGGAAGAGCAGAACGGAACACUUGAGUUGUUGUUUUUUUGCGAACGCAAUACCUAAAUCAGUGGAAACUUGCAGAAUACAUUUUUGUGUUCGAAAAACACAUGCAAAAUAGGCAGGAAAAAAUACACACACACACGCACACACAAGUACAGACGCCAGUUGAUGGUGUAUGUGUGCAUGGGAGAGUGCAUGCGUGUGUGUGUGUGCGGCUGUACAUAUACACAUAAUCAUGUGAAAAAUCGAUUGGAAGUACUGGAAGCCCCUCCACUUGGAUUGGAAGUCACUGGCAGUCAGCGGCGGCGGCGCCAAUUGUCACUCACAACUGAAGAAGAAGCAUCCGCGGCACGCACCAACUAGUACUGGGAAAGAAAGAAGCGCAAAGAGAAAAAGCGAAAAGAGCGAAAAUAUAACCAUUUAUCGCACAAAAAGGCGCGCUCGCUUAGGCAAUUACGCAAAAUCGGAAGUCGACGCUGCGGUGCAAAAGGUGCGCAAUCAAGUUAGCGCAGACGCAAACCCGUCUGCCGACCCCCCCAAAAAAUACUGUAUACCCCCACAUGAAUGAUAUAUUUUGUAUUCUCGUCAUAUUUGCAUGUGCUACAACGAUAGAUCUUAUUGGAAGUGAAGAGGAAGAGGAAGAAGAAGAAGAAAGAGAAGGAGGAGGACGAUCAUUGCUUCGAAAGGUAUUGCGAAUUGAUUGUCAAGCGGACGAACGAGACAAAUGCGCAAAAGAGGUGGAAUAAGCGGAAAGAGAAAUCAACAACUGGCUGGCAGAGCGAUGAGUAGGAAACCGAGAGAGAAAGAGAGCGGACGCACACAUAUUUCUUUAUAUAACGACAAAAAUCGGAAAUCAGCAAACAAAACAAACACAGAGGAAGAAGUAGAGCACAAAAGAUAUAGAUAGAUAGUCAGAGUGUGUGAGCGAGACAGAGAGAGAGAGAGAGUGCCACUCACCCAAGUUACGGCCGUUAGAUGAGGCAUCACAGGAGCAGUCGCGAGAAGAUCAAACAGAAACCGAAAUCAAAAUCGAAGUCCAAGUCCAAAUACAUUUGCCAGGUUCCGCACCAUCAGAAGCACUGUUGACCAGGGAGACGACAAUUUCGAUUGUUGUUCCGGCUUUGACCAAUAAUGGAACCAGAUCCCAAUGGGAUAAAAAUAGAGCCCACACUUGACCAUCACCAACAGCAGCAGCAGCAGCAGCAGCAGCAGCAGCAGCAGCAUACCCAGCAGCAGCAGCAGCAGCAGUACGCCACCCAUGUGCUGGCUAUCAAUGGACCCAAUGCACGUCUACUCAUCGAGCAUCCCUCAGCGCUGUUGGUACCCCUCUCCACCCAUCAUCAGCAACAGCUUCAGCAGCAGCAGCAAGUGCAGCAGCAGCAGCACCAUCAUCAGCAGCAGCAGCAGCAGUUCCAACAACAACAGCAGCAGCAGCAUCAUCUACAGCAGCAGCAGGAUCAGCUGCAGUUCCAGCACCAGCAGCUGCAGCUCAGUUUACCCGCCGCCUACACACACCAGCAGCCACUUUCAUUGAAACAGCAGCCGCCGCCAACACCGUUGGGGCCCACAUCGAGCGUGAGCGCCAGCUCUGCCUCAGUCACUGGGACGUCGACGCAUCAGCAGCGCUGGAACGAGAGCCCCGAGGCCCGCCAGCGCCGCCUGGCCAGAAAUGCUGAGAGGAUGCGCGAGCGACGCCAGCGUGAGAGCGAAGACGAGUACCGGAAGCGGCUGCUGCGCAAUGCGGAGGCGAACCGGCAGAGGCGCCAGAACGAGUCGGAUAUCGAGCGGGCGAUGCGUUUGGUAAGGAAUGCGGCGCGGCAGAGGCUGCGCCGGGCCAUGGAAUCGCCCGAUCAACGAUCGAAGCGACUGUCCAAGCUGGCCGAGCGGAUGCGCAUGUAUCGGGCGAGUGAAUCGUCCGACCAGCGGAAGCUGCGGCUGGCCGAGAUGGCGGCAAGGGCGCGCCAGCGGAUCGCCAACGAGUCACCGGAGGAGCGCAAGGAAAGACUGAGAAAGCUGAACGACUACGCCAAAAAGGUCAGAGAAAAGAAAAAGAUAUUGAAGCAUGUGCACGGUGCCGUGUCGUCGGUGGUGGUUACGACGACGUCCUCCUCAUCGUCAACGGCAACGACGACCGCCCAGCAGCAGCAGCAACAACAACAGCAGCAACAGCAGGUGUUGGCUGUUGCAGCAGCAGCAGCAGCCGCAGCCGCAGCGGCGGCAGCCAAUUGUAAUAAUGAACAUAAUAUUAAUUUAAACCAGGCAAACGUUACGACGGUGUCCGCACCUCAGGCAUCGAGCACACCAGCACCGGGAAGUGGCGCAGGAGGAGGACCCGGAAGCAGUGCCAGCACACCCCAUGCUGUCGGCGAGGAUCUGCAGCAGAUCUCGUCCAUCACCUAUGAGGCGUUCAACGGCCAGGGCAUGUUCAUUACCCACGGCCUCGCCCGUCCGCCCAUGCAACUGAAGCAGGAGCCGCAGACGCCCCAACAGCAGCAGCAGCAGCAGCUCCAGCAGCAGGCGCAGCAGCAACAACUUCAGCAGCAGCAGCAGCAGGUUCAGCAGCGGUACGCCAUUGCCGGCCAGCAGCAGCAGCAGGUGACGGCCACACUGCUGGAGAGUGGCGGCGAUCAGGGCAGCAUAUUUGUGCAGCAGAUCUACGGCGAGGAUCCGGGCAAGGGACCCAAGCUGCUGCAGGCGCAUGUGCCGCACUUCAGCAUUGCUUCCGGCCCCCUGGAACUGUAUCCGCACAAGUACGCCAAGAAGCAGGAACUUCAGUCGACCAAUGGCAACAAUGGAGCAGCUGGAACGGUAACGGUAUCCUCUACAGGUGCGAGCGGGACCAGCGAGAACAGCGGGUCUGUUAGUCUGGGACAGAACGAGGCCAAGGUAAUCAUGACCACCGGCGGGGGCGAUCAGCAGAAGGUCCUCAAGUCGGCGGCGGGACAGGCAACGCCAUUGUACAACCAGUUCCCCUACCUGGCCACCUUCCCCAGCAACAGCAACACGAACACAGCCAGCACCACCGUGACGACGUCGAAUGCAAGCGCGGCCGGGGUGGGGGCUGUGUCAGCGGGCGGAGCCGGUGGGACGACCACCACAACCGCCUACUAUCCCAUGUACCACAAUGGCUUCCAGCUGGGCAUCGGGCCGAGCGCCGUGCCGCCGCCCUUCACCCCGGUCCACUUUGCCAGCGCCAGCGGCGGCAGCAGUCCCACAUCCACGGGCCAGUACAACAUACUGACGGCGACCUCCACCAAUCCCACGCUGACCGUCACCAGCCUGGGACAUCAGCAGCAGCAGCAGCAGCAGCAGGCCCAGCAGCAGGCGCAGGAUCAGAUCGUUCCGACGGUUGGCCGUGGAAGGCCGCGAAAGAACGUGAUGGUGAGCCACGCGGGCGGCGAGGAGCAGCUGAAGGUGAACACACUGCUGGAGCAUGAGCUAAACCAGAUGCUCGCCGUCCCACAGCUGAGCAGCGCCCCGAGGCGCGGCCGGCCCCUCUCGCAGCCGACGCAGCAGGAUCUUGGUGGAUCGCAGGGCCACAUACAUGUACAUUCCACGGCUGACGGGGACAACAGAUCGCCGGGCACGCCUCGGCGUAGCGGUCCCAACAAGUACGAGACGGAGGAUGAGAAGCGCCUGCGUCUGGACAAGAUGGCCGCCCAUCAGCGGGCGGUGCGGGCGAAUGAGACGCCCGAGCAGCGGGCCGUUCGCCUGCAGAAGCUCAGCGAGCGGGCACGAUUGAAGCGCGCCCAGAUCCGGGCAACGGAAAACAACGAUGAGCGCAAGGAGCGGCUCUCCAAGCAGGCCGAGUACGCUCGGAUGCGACGCAUGCGCAGCCACACGCCGCGCAGCAGCUCCGCCAGCGCCGAGUUUCGGGCCAAAACGGAGGAGGACACCUCCGAGCAGCUGUACGAGACGGAUGACGGCGUCGGCGUUGGCUCGGGCGACAGUUUCGUGACGGUGGUCAAGUCGGACUCCCAGCUGGACGGAGAUAACUCCAACGAUGAGCUGGCGACGCUUCAGCUGCAGCAGCACGAGAUCCAGCAGAUUGCCGGCAACCUACAGCAGCAUCCGCACCAUGAGGCCAUCGUGCUUAACCAGCAGCACCGCCUGGUGACACUCGGCCAGCACCAGCAGGGCUACAGCAAGCUGCAGACUGUCAAGGACUAUGCCGCUACCAGCGGUGGUGCAGGAGUGACAGGAGGAGGCUCUGGCUCCGGUGGGGGAUCCAGUGCCGGUGGCGGUGGUGGCAACGGCACCGGGGCACCCGAGAACAACGACAUGCUGAAGAUCCUCGAGCCGAUCAUCGUAAUGAAGACCAAAUGAGAGUCGAGAAGGCGCCACAGUCGCGCCAUGAAUCGCUAGAAAAGCAAACGAUCCAGCUGCAGUGGCGUUCGAGGAGGGUGAAUGAGGUGCGGAUCCAUU